CAAAGGCCGCGCGUCCCCUCUCGCCGCCGCCGCAGCCGGGCUCUUCUUCUGCUCCCCAACUGGUGGUCAUGGCGUCGCUCACCGUGAAGGCCUACCUUCUGGGCAAGGAGGACGCCGCCCGCGAGAUUCGCCGCUUCAGCUUCUGUUUCAGCCCGGAGCCCGAGGCGGAAGCCGAGGCUGCGGCUGGCCCCGGACCUUGCGAGCGGCUGUUGAGCCGGGUGGCCGCCCUGUUCCCGGUGCUACGGCCCGGCGGCUUCCAGGCGCACUACCGCGAUGAGGACGGGGACUUGGUUGCCUUUUCCAGUGAUGAGGAACUGACGAUGGCGAUGUCAUAUGUGAAGGAUGACAUCUUCCGUAUUUACAUUAAAGAGAAGAAGGAGUGCCGGCGGGACCACCGCCCCCCGUGUGCGCAGGAGGUGCCCCGCAACAUGGUGCACCCCAAUGUGAUCUGUGAUGGUUGCAACGGGCCGGUGGUGGGGACCCGCUACAAGUGCAGCGUCUGCCCGGACUAUGACCUGUGCGCCGCCUGCGAGGGGAAGGGCAUUCACAAGGAGCACAGCAAGCUCGCCUUCCCCAGCCCCUUCGGGCACCUUUCUGAGGGCUUCUCUCACAGCCGCUGGCUUCGGAAGCUGAGACAUGGGCACUUCGGGUGGCCCGGCUGGGAGAUGGGCCCGCCGGGGAACUGGAGCCCACGUCCUCCUCGAGCGGGGGAUGCUCGCCCUGGCCCUGCUGAGGAAUCAGCUUCUGGUCCAUCAGAGGAUCCCAAUGUGAAUUUCCUCAAGAACGUAGGGGAGAGUGUGGCAGCUGCCCUCAGCCCUCUGGGCAUCGAAGUCGAUAUUGACGUGGAACAUGGAGGGAAGAGAAGCCGCCUGACACCCACCUCCCCAGGCAGCUCCAGCACAGAGGACAAGUGCAGCUCUCAGCCGAGCAGCUGCUCUUCCGACCCUAGCAAGCCGGACGGGGAGGUGGAGGGCACGGCCCAGUGUCUGGUGGAGCAAAUGAAUAAGAUCGCCCUGGAGUCGGGGGUGCAGCCUGAGGAACAGAUGGAGUCUGACAACUGUUCAGGAGGAGACGAUGACUGGACCCAUUUAUCUUCCAAAGAGGUGGACCCAUCUACAGGUGAACUCCAGUCUCUACAGAUGCCUGAAUCUGAAGGGCCAAGCUCUCUGAACCCUUCCCAGGAAGGACCCACAGGGCUGAAGGAAGCGGCAUUGUACCCACAUCUGCCACCAGAAGCUGACCCCCGGCUGAUCGAGUCCCUCUCCCAGAUGCUGUCCAUGGGGUUCUCUGAUGAAGGUGGCUGGCUGACCAGGCUCCUACAGACCAAGAAUUACGACAUCGGGGCUGCCCUGGACACCAUCCAGUAUUCGAAACACCCACCGCCCUUGUGACAGUGUUUGCUCACCCCUUCUGUGUCCCCUUUCCUGUCUCAUAGUUGUGUUGAACUAGUGUAGAACCCCCGUGCCUCUGUAAGGGCCCAUUUCUCUGCAUUCUUCUUCCAGAAUCUGGGGGGUGGGGACGCACAAAGCCAUCGGGGCAGUAGAGCAAGUGACACGAGGGUGGAGUUCUACAUGUGUGGGAGCUGAUAGCUGAGAAACGUUUGGGCGCCUGGCCCCUUGCAGCCAGCACCCCCAGCAGAGCCGAGACUGGGGAGGAUGUGGAGGCCACACCGUGUCAAUGUUCCCGCUGUCCCCCACAGGGUUACACCAGCAGUCCAGAACAGAUCUUGCCUAAUGGCCUUCUGCUGUUUCUUUUCCUUUUUUUUUUUCUUUUUAAAAUGACUAAUAGUACACUAAUAUGUAGUUGAUUUUCUGCUAGAAACAGAUGUACUCUGAAUGGAGCUAGAGUAUAGCCAGCAUUGUGUCGGGGCGGAGGCGGCUGUCCUGUGGUGAGUACCAGAGGGCAGGACAGCUCUGGGACUUUGGGACUUUGGCUGCACAUCUGGGACUAGAGAAGGGCUGGCAGGGGAACUGACCUUGGUGUUCACUGAGUACUGCCUGUUUCAUAACCACUGUAGUUCUCUCAUUUCCCAGUGCUGUCAGCUCCUUUUAAAGUAAGAAAAUCACUUUGUAGCCAUUCUGUUACCACAUUUGUAAACAAUCUGUAAUUAAAUGGUAUAAGCACUUUAAUCAAAAAAUGUCACAACAGA